AUGGUGCUCAUGCUUCAAAUGUGCCGCAAAUUUGAGCGGGGGGAGUGCAACUUGCGCGACUGCCGCUUUGCCCACGUGGACGACCCGGUGAAUGUGCGAAAACACCGCGGGAAGGUCCCCCUUUGCGCCGACUUUCUGAAGGGGAAGUGCGACCGGGUGGAAUGCAAGUAGCGAUAAUUUGUUCUCAAGAACACAACCACAAGUGCAAUACUUUUGCUUUCUACCGUUCUUCUUGAGUUAUCAUACAAGCGGGAGAAAUAGAAAUUGGAAAUUGAAAUUCAAAUUGUAGAAAAUGCGUGAGUGCAUGAUUUACGGCGUUGCUCUCAUGCUGUUGUUGCACCUCCAUCUUCCCUAAACCCAGGUAUUUCCACCCACCCGCCUGCUGGAACAUAGACCCCAAUACCAAGGACAAAACCGUUCCGGUUUGCAGCGACUUGUGAACUGCAAAAGAAUCGUACUCGUAUAAAUGCAUUACAAAUUUCCUCAGCAUGAGAAAUAAAAUUUGUAAUGCGGAUUUACCUUGAGAAAAAAAUUUGUAAUGCAUGAUCGCAAUACGAGUACGAUACUUUUGCACAGGAUACGACUACCUGAAUAACAACUGCUUCAAGGAUAUGGAAGCGUCAGGUUUGAAAUCGUCAAAGUUGAAAUAAUCUGUAAUGCAUAAGAUGCAUGACCCGAGGCGCGUGUGUUGCAGAGCAGGCAAGUGAGGCCGAUUGUGAGCCUGUUUGGGGUUACAGCUCGAGCUGCUAAAGUAGCAUGAGAAAAUCGCCCUUCUUUGCCUAAACAGCGUGACAGCCUGGAUUUAGGGACCGCCGAAAUUUGUCAUGCGCCACUUGGAAACUGGGUUCCACCUGGCAUCCAUUUUAUGCAUGACAAAUUAUUUCAACUUUGUCGAUUUCAACUCUGACACAUCCAUAAAGGACCAGGAGGAAUGCGACGGCGCGCACCCCGAAAACCACAACACCCUGGCAGAGUUGCACGUGGAGGUUUGCGCGGAGUGGAUUCGCAACCCGAUGGAGGACGCCGACAAGAGCGGCGUCCACUGCUCCGAGGGCAUGGACUGCAACAAGUACCACCCAAGUUUGAGCCACCCGAUGUUCGAAAUCCUGAAGAAGCAACUGCUCGGCAAAGAUUACGUCCCGCCGCCGGGAAUGAAAAACGUACCCGGUAUGAUGAUGGAUAGUGUUGACGAUAUGAGCGAGAACCGAAAUCAGAACAGAAUGACGAACACGUCGAAGACGGGAGGUGCAGCUGAAAGAAACAACCUACAACGCCUGCCACCACGAGGUUGUGCUCCUGGUGGCAACAAUAGAGGUAAUGACAACAAUAACCGGGGCGGAGCUAGGGGUGGACGAGGUGGAAAUGCUAUCAAGUCCAAUAACACGCAGAACCCCUUCGAGGACAAUUACAUGCACAUGGGGGAUGAAGAUGAUUCGCCCGUGUGCGAGGACGCAAACAACCGCCUGUUUCCCACCUUCAACAGCGCCAGUAGGAAUAACAGCAUGAACAGUCAGUUCGGCGACGAGGACGACUACGAAGACAGCCGCAGCAACAAUAACAUGGGCGGCGGCGGUCCUCGGGGCGGUCGGGGUGGAGGUCCAACGCAAAGAGGUGGUGGUCCUCGGGGAGGCAAUAACAUGAACGGUCGGAGCAUGUCGAACAACACAUCAAGGCAGCUCUCUGGCCGGGACCGCGAGCGCUCCAGAGAUCGCAAUGGCGUGGAAAUUUGCGGCGAGUUCAAGGCGGACCGCUGCAUGAGGGGCGCCAACUGUAAAUUUUCGCAUGACCUCAGCGGCAGCUUGGAAGCGAAUAAUGGCGGGGGAAGACAGGUAAAAACUGCUUGUAGCGGCGGGCUCUAGUUUCUUUGCAUCAUGGUGCUGAUGCUCGUCGAGCUUGGGAAAUGUUAUGUUAUGAUAUGGAUAUGCCUCUUUUUCACGACGAUCUGUCAGAUGAAACCCUGCUUUUGUUGCAUGCACGAACAAGAAUGUUCUUGAACAAGCGACGAUCUGAAAAACUAACGUAAAAUUCAAACCACAGAUGAACGACGGUGGGCGCAGAUCUCGAGGUCGCGGCGGCCGUGGUGGCGAUUAUGAUAAUCGCAAUAGCAACAUGGGCGGUAACCGCAAUCCUACUUCGCUCGAGAUUUGCAACGACUUUUUGAACAACCGGUGCGACCGCGGCAGCCGGUGCAAAUUUUCGCACGACACAAGCCUGCUGCUGCGCGACGGCAAUACUGGAGACGUCUACAGCGGCCCUACGGAGCUCUGCGCCGACUGGCGGUUGGGCAAGUGUGCGCGGUUCGACUGCCGAUUCCUGCACAUGAUCCGGGAAGAGGCGGAAAAUGCGGGCUAUGUAUUCGAGGGCACGUCAAACCGGAUCCGCGGCAGACGGGCCGCCGCCGGCCAGACGCGACAACGACGGGGCGGUGGCGGCGCCGGGGGACCGCAAAUGCGAAAGGUAUUGGAUUUCGUCAACCUGAACCUCAGCCUGCUGCUUCUUGUUCUACUUGUUUUUUGAAGCACACAUCAGAGGACGCAAUAAAGCAGUUUAUCAUCAAUGCAAUUUUUGGGUGUGUAGGUGUACUUCAUUGAUUAUUUGGUCAGUUGGGUACCCCCGUCAGUUGGGUAGAUCAUUCAUUCACAUACUAGCUCGGGGGAAGGAAUCUCUAGGAAAAAUAGUGCGGUCGCAGGGGCGGGAGGGGAAGAGAAGAACUAGGCGAGGACGGGAAGGAGGGGCGACGGCGCGCGGGGUAGGGCGCGGGGUCGCUCAUCGCGGAAUCUUGGGCGCGGUGCUCCCUUUACUGGGGCGGACGGACCUCACUCGCAAAACGCUGGGGCGGACGGACCUCACGCGCAAAACACUGGGGCGGGCGGACCUCGCUCGCAAUGCACUGACUGGGGCGGAUGGGCCACGCGCGCAAAGCACUGGGGCGGAUGGACCACACGCGCAAAACACUGGGGCGGAUGGACCACGCGCGCAAAGCACUUGGGUGGAUGGACCACACGCGCAAACCCUUUUCGCCGCCCUUGGCGACUGUGGGGGCGCCUCGGGUGCAGUGCUGUCGCGGGCGCGCUGGCGUGGGGCCGGCCUUGUUGCCAAUGCCGGCCCGCCCGCAAGCCGGGCGGCGGGUAGGGCGCGAGGUCGCUCGUCGCGGAAUCUCGGGCGCGAUACUUCCUUCACUGGGGCGGACGGACCUCACUCGCAAAACACUGGGGCGGAUGGACCACACGCGAAAAACACUGAGGCGGAUCGACCACAGGCGCAAAACAUUGGGGCGGAUCGGCCACACGCGCAAAACCCUGGGGCGGAUGGACCACACGCGCAAAACACUGGGGCGGAUGGGCCACACGCGCAAAACCCUUGGCGCCGCCCUUGGCGACUGUGAAGGCGCCUCGAGUGCAGUGCUGUCGGGCGCUGGCGUGGGGCCGGCCUUGUUGCCAAUGCCGCCGGCCCGCAAGCCGGGCGGCGGGUAGGGCACGAGGUCGCUCGUCGCGGAAUCUCGGGCGCGAUACUCCCUUUACUGAGGCGGAUGGGCCACACGCGCAAAACACUGAGGCGGAUGGACCACACGCGCAAAACACUGGGGCCGAUGGACCAGACGCGCAAAACCCUUGGCGCCGCCCUUGGUGACUGUGAGUGUGUGAAAGCGCCCCGGGUGCAGUGUUGUCGGGCGCUGGCGCGGGGCCGGCUUUGUUGCCAAUGCCGCAAGCCGGGCGGCGGGUAGGGCGCGAGGUCGCCCGUCGCGGAAUCUCGGGCGCGAUACUCCCUUUACUGAGGCGGAUGGACCACACGUGCAAAACACUGAGGCGGAUGGACCACACGCGCAAAACACUGAGGCGGAUGGACCACACGCGUGAAACACUGAGGCGGAUGGACUACACGCGCAAAACACUGAGGCGGAUGGACCACGCGCGCAAAUCACUGGGGCGGAUGGACCACACGCACAAAACACUGGGGCGGGCGGACUCCUCCCGGCCUCCGUCUUUCCCGGCUAGCUUCCGCGUUUCCCGGUUUCCGCGUUUCCCGGUUUCCGCGUUUCCCGGUUUCCGCGUUUCCCGGUUUCCGCGUUUCCCGGUUUCCGCGUUUCCCGGUUUCCGCGUUUCCCGGUUUCCGCGUUUCCCGGUUUCCGCGUUUCCCGGUUUCCGCGUUUCCCGGUUUCCGCGUUUCCCGGUUUCCGCGUUUCCCGGUUUCCGCGUUUCCCGGUUUCCGCGUUUCCCGGUUUCCGCGUUUCCCGGUUUCCGCGUUUCCCGGUUUCCGCGUUUCCCGGUUUCCGCGUUUCCCGGUUUCCGCGUUUCCCGGNUUCCGUGUUUCCCGGUUUCCGUGUUUCCCGGUUUCCGUGUUUCCCGGUUUCCGUGUUUCCCGGUUUCCGUGAUUCCCGGUUUCCGUGUUUCCCGGUUUCCGUGAUUCCCGGUUUCCGUGUUUCCGCAUCCAUGAAACCAUGGGGGCCGAGGCAGGGCGCGCAGUGAGGCGAAUCGGGGCAGCGCGCAAACUUAGGCAAACCGGGCGAGGGGAGGUCACAACUGGGCAAACCGUGGCAGGGUGCAACAUUGGGAAGAUCGGGGGAAGGCGCAAAAUUACGUUGAUCGGGUUAGGGUGCGAAACUACCGGCCCAAGGCGUGCAAGGGUACAAAAUUAGGGAAAUCGGUCUAGGGUAUAAAAUUCGGGGAGGGUACAAAAUUAGCCAAAUCGGGGUAGGGUACAAAAGUAGGCGAAUCGGGUGAGGGUAUAAAAUUAGGCGAAACGGGGUAGGGUACCAAAUUGGCCAAACCGCGCAGCCUCAGACGGGAGGGCUUUGGCUCCCGCGGUUCUGCUCUUCCGACGCUAGACAAAAAUAACCCCUGCGACCCCACCAAACCCCUGCUUUAUAUAUAUUACCGGUCGUAUAAAACACAAAUCAGGAACUCUGCGGUGAUUUUCAGCUGGGCAAGUGUCUUCGUCCGGAUUGCCGCUUUGUGCACGAGUUCCGUGCACCGGACCGUAGCAACGACCCAGGCAACGCGCGCAACGUCAGGACGAGUAACCGCGAGCGCAGCCCCAGGAGGGGUGGCGGAGGGAAGGGAGGUGGUGGAAACCAGAACAAUUUUACGGGCGGUGCUGGUGGACCGCCACCCCCAUCGCAGCAGAAUUUCAUGGGCGGCGGUGGUGGAAGACAGAUGAACAUGGGUGGUUUCGACGACUACAGUGGCGGCGGAGGAAAUAAUGACUUCGUACCCUGCAUGGACUUCCGAGCCGGUCGCUGCUUCCGGGGGGAUAACUGCAAGUUCUUCCACGAACCGGGAUACGGCGGGAACUGA